CGCUGGGCCCGGAGCGGCCGCGCGCGCCCCUCCCGCCGGCCACGGGCGCAGAAUUUAGCCAAGACCACACUGGGCAGAAACUUAGAUAUAGAUGACACUACCUUGGAGAAGUAGGAGAGAGUAAAAAUGGCGGGGUGGUUGAGAUUGGCAGGGACCUCUAGAAGUGUCCAACACCAGUGCUCAGUAUUACCUACAGCAGAUUACUUUGUGGCAACAUUCAAUUGUCCUUUGAGGAUUAGCUGCAUUUACUUCAGUAUUUUAAAUCUGUUGACAGUUUGGGUAGUGAUGGCUCAGCUCCAGCAAGGAGGUCCAGAUGAAAAAGAGAAGACCACUGCAUUAAAGGAUUUAUUGUCUAGAAUAGACUUGGAUGAACUGAUGAAAAAAGAUGAGCCACCACUUGAAUUUCCUGAUACUCUGGAAGGAUUUGAAUACAUUUUUAAUGAAAAAGGACAAUUAAGACACAUAAAAACUGGGGAGCCAUUCGUGUUUAAUUAUCGUGAAGAUUUGCAUAGAUGGAACCAAAAGCGCUAUGAAGCUCUUGGGGAGAUCAUUACUAAAUAUGUUUAUGAACUACUGCAGAAGGAAUGCCACUUGAAGAAAGUAACUCUCCCAGUUGAUGCAACUGAGAGUGAACCAAAGAGCUUUAUCUUUAUGAGUGAAGAUGCACUAAUAAAUCCUGACAAGCUCCUGGUCCUAAUUCAUGGUAAUGGUGUUGUCAGAGCCGGUCAGUGGGCUAGGAGACUUAUAAUUAAUGAAGAUCUGGACAGUGGCACACAGAUACCAUAUAUAAAGAGAGCUAUUGGGGAAGGCUAUGGAGUAAUAGUUCUGAAUCCCAAUGAGAACUAUAUUGAAGUGGAGAAGACAAAAGCCCAAAUACAGCUGUCUUCUGAUUGCUCAGAUGAACCUGCAGAAAAGAGGGAAAGAAAAGAUAAAAUCCAGAAGGAAACAAAGAAGCGACGUGACUUCUACGAAAAGUAUCGAAAUCCACAAAAAGAAAAAGAAACUAUGCAGAUCUAUAUUAGAGAUAAUGGAUCUCCUGAAGAACAUGCAAUUUAUGUUUGGGACCAUUUUAUUUCCCAGUCAGCUGCAGAGAACGUGUUUUUUGUUGCUCACAGUUAUGGUGGACUUGCCUUUGUAGAGUUGAUGAUUCAACGAGAGGCAGAAGUAAAAAAUAAGGUGACUGCUGUGGCAUUGACAGACUCUGUUCACAAUGUGUGGCAUCAAGAAGUUGGAAAAACUAUUCGAGAGUGGAUGCGAGAGAACUGCUGUAACUGGGUGUCCAGCUCCGAGCCCCUGGACACUUCAGUGGAGUCCAUGCUGCCAGAUUGCCCCCGUGUCUCUGCAGUUGAGGUUCAUGCUGUGUCUCUGAGACCUUACAACAUUUCUCCUAAUUCUAGAGCAGGAGAUCCACAAGCCCUUGGAAAGCCAUCCUACUGGAGCAGCUGCUGGGUGGGAGUAGUGGAAAGUGAGGAUGGGAGAAAACAGAUCCAUGGAUCUGUGUCCAUCUCCAUUGUUGUUCAGGAAUUAAAUUACUUUGAUUUCAGGAUAGUGGCCUGA